AUGACCCUUUCAAACCAGGAGAAGGAGAAGAAGAAAGUCGAGAACAAAUGCAGGCAUGAUCCGUCACAAUGGCGCUCGUCGAACCAGCUGACUCCAACAAUCUGCACGGUGAUGCUGGGAAGGAGAACAGAAAACGAAGUAAGCCAGGCGAUCGAACACUUCAGUCAAGUGGGCCAAUGCCAAUGUGGCAAGAGGGUGAUUCUAUGCAAGUACUGCCCCUUGUCGGGCGACAAGUUGGCCGAGAAGCUUCCAAAGAAUUGUGGACAAAGAACUCCCAAUCCUAUCAUUUUCGACAACAGAGCUACUAAGAAUGCGGUUGACUCCCAUUCAAAUGGAGCUUAUCACAGGUAUUGGAAAUCUCUACAUGACAGGAUGGUUUCUGGACGAGGGCUGGACAUUGCUGAGGCCAUUGAUGACUUUCCUGACUACUCGUUUGGGUCACCAUCAGUGCUUGACUCAGAGACAUCGUUUUCCACACCUAACAGUGAACUGUUCCUGAGUAAGUCGAAUGGACAACAGAUGUUCAGCCAAUCGCCGAUUGAAGGGAUCAUGAACGAUGAUCUUUCAUCGAAAUGUGAUCAGGUCGGCUCGACGGGAUCAAGCCUUUCUAAUGUGAGCCAGUCCAUGGAUGGGAGCGUGAUUGAGAGCAAGAACCCUACCCCAAACUCAGAAGCGGGGAUGAGUGAAGAUGCAUGGUUCGAGAUGCAAGCAAGGUGUCUCAGAGAAAGAAACAUGCAAACAGUUGCAGACAACUCUUGGAAACCGUUUCCGACUGAAGUUUUGAAUGAGAGAGCAAGACCAUCGUUCUCCAACACUGCAAAUGGACAUUCUUCAGAUCCCACUAAGAUUUUGCCGGCGAUUAACCUCGAAACUGAUUACAUGUCAUUUGUCAAAUUUCACGGACUUACAAAUGGCUGGCCAGAUUUUGUGUUUCAAGAAGACUUCAUCAAGCCAUCCUUAAACGAAGUGGUGGCGUACGCCAAGAAACACAAACACCUUCCAGGCGUGAUACCAGAGAAAAAUGUCAACGAGGGUGAUUUUUCUUGUCAAAGGGAGAUCGCAAGCGUGCUUCAGUAUGUAGAAAUGCUGGUCCUGUGGGCGAAAGAGCUGAGUGACUGUAAUAAGCUGUUGGAAGAGCAGGUUGGUGAAUUUAAGAAAGCUCAUUCGACUGGUGAUGAAAGAGAACUGAUGAUGAAAAUCUCAAAGUUACUCAGCAACAUUGUGACCAAGAGGUGCAUUCAGCAACUUCAACUUUCUAGGCCGCAGGGAGCUGAACUUCUUCAGUGGAUGAGAGAGAAUGGUUUGAUUUGCUUCGCUCGCGUGUUUGCUAAGAACGGCUUACAUUCCUUGGAGCACGUUGCGAACCUAGACCAACAAGAUUGUGAGAACUUAACAGUGUCGUUGGAGAACCUGGGUUCUGUUGGAAAGCGUAUUGAAUUGCAAAUAGCCGUCCAGAAUCUGCAAGGGGAUAUAAGAGCGAAAGACAUGAACUACAGACUGCAGCGAUUCUCCGACUGUCAAAUACCCUUUUGGUCGGCCUGGUCUAGCGCAGGUGCGGUCGAGGUCCUUUUAACGAAGAGCUACGUGCAACUGCUGAGCUUCGUUCUCGGCAUGUCGCUGAUUGUGAGCACCCUCUACUCCCUUGCUUCGGUGUGCAUGCCUGACUCCUUGGGAAUCGCCCGGUCGACAGCGCCUCCGACUCUAGUAAGGCUGACCAGGUGGCCGCUCAAUCUGUUUGAAGGGUUGCUGUGGCUCAAGACUGUAUAUGACGCGAGGAUGAAGUGCCCCAUGGCAGCUUGUGGGGUUGCGACUUUCAACCUCAGGCUGAUGACAAUCAACUUAUACAUCCAAGUGCUGCUGGAAGUCAAGAACAGCCUCAGCGGCGACUCCUCGCAGUCAUGCCCUGGGAGCAUCUGGCAGGGAGUUCUGCUGCAGGAUACUCUGGCCCUCCCAGUCAUGACUCUGAUAUCCUACGGUUGUUCGAAUCGUCAAAGACAGCUCUUGUCGUUCUUGUGGAUCAUUGGAUGUUACCUACUGUUGGUCGCCGUGCCCAUCUACUGGAAUCAGCACAUGUUCAAGGCCCUGGUGGGUGCGGUCCUUGGGGCUGGUCUUGUGAUCUUGUAUCUAGCUUGUAAAUGUAUCGGAUGGGUUGUGCUGAAGAAUCAGCUGUGGAAGGAAGAGCAGGACGCGAAAGAGUACAGACGGGAAUGGGAGUCGCAACUACAGCAGGAGGGAAACAAUGAGUUGAUAGCAAGACUCAAAUCUGAUGUGGACAGGAUCGAUAAAGUGAUCAAGGAGCAGUUUCAACGCUGCUUUGCUGCCGCUUCCAAGACAGGGAAUUGGCGCCUUCGAAGUUUGUUCGCAGAGCCGGUGGGAAGGUUUUCCUGCGUGGGCAAAGUCCGUCAAUGCACCAACGACUUUGGCCACCUCUUCUCAGAGGCCUCGAGCAUUAACGACCACUUCCACGAGUUCAUGUCGGAGCUGCUGCAGAACAAGUUCUGUGGAGGCGUCAACUUCAACAAGGCAGCCAUGGCGGGCGAUGACCAGGUCAGGGAGAAGCUCUCCUUCUUGCAAUCAGCUUCGAUGCUGGGCGAGGUGAAGGUAGACCUUUGCGACAAGCUCAUCUUUGUCCGAGGGCCCAUCAAACAGCCCGAGCGAGCGAUCCAGAAGUGCGUGAGGGCGUAUGGGAGAGACCCGGCCUGCUUGACCGACCUUGUACGUGCAAGUGUUGUCGUGGAGACCCUCGAGCAAGUUGGAGAAGUGAUGCGCUUCCUUGAGAGGAGCUCCGUCGUGGGAGCAGACAGCUACGUGAAGGAGGCAUGCCAGGGGGAUGCUGAUUCAGAGGGCGCUGAGGAAACAGUCUACUUCCGGAUGACGCGCGUGAAGAACACUUUCGAUGAUACGAGGGAGGACACCAGCGCCGGCCUCACUCUCAAGACUCUCUCGAUCAACCUGGAGGUCGGUUGGAUCUUUGAGAAUGACAAGUGCAAAAUUCUGCCUGUGGAUGAUUGGGUUCUCAAGACAGCAGAAACUCACAUCUUGUUGCCAACGCAUCCCUUGUGCGGAGGGGUUCUUUUCUAA